AGGGAAUAGGGAACUCGGAAUUAUUGCCUGAUUGGCCAGCCACACAAAAUAACUUUCCUGGAAACAAGAAAUGCCACACACGUUCCCUGCUUGAGGUAGUUACGGCGCACGAUAAUUUUAACUCCCGAGGAAGUUAAAAUUAGCCAACAGACCGUAGGGAACGUGGAACACGGGCUCUUCGGUGGCAAUUCAGGACGUGGUGGGAUGUGUGUGAUCACUCUCGGGCAUGCGGCUGCCACAGCCUGACCUCAGUGUCAGUCCCACCUUCGGGCGACAGACGAGCGCGCGAGAAGCCGAGAGCUCGAACAGUAUCCUUGGUGCGGUGGAAUCGGGAGAUCAUGCAAAGCUGCGGGAGGGCCUGUCUGGCUCCGCCAAGCCUCCCGCCAACGCCGUCCUCGCCCCUAGCAUGUCCUUCGAGCACCGCAUGAGAACGCCCCUCAUGGCCGCCGCCGCCACCGGUAGCCUGGCCCUCUUCACGACCGUCCUUCACGCCGUGAACCGUGCCAUCGGCGAGCAACGGAUGGAGACGAAUCGGAUCAGCCUCAGGAGGAAGCAGCUCGAGUACGUGGACGAGUCGGGCAUGACGCUGCUGAUGCUGGCCGCGAGGAGCGGUAGCGUGGGGAUAUUGGAGGCGGUGGUGGAACGUGUCCGAAUCGUAGAGGCUCCGGAGCGCCUGCUGGACCGCGACCACAGCGCCACGACGGUGCUCAUGCACGCCGCCGGCGCCCGUCGCUCGGCAGUGUUCACCGUCAUCCUCGACGAGCUACAGAGAUGCUACAAGGACAAUGUGGAAGAGCAGCUGCUGGCGUCGUCGGCAGACGACCGUACGAUCCUAAUGCACGCGGCCCGGUGUGGCGACCAGAUGGGAGCGCUGUCCGUCAGCCACGCAUGCCAGAGGUUCAUCAUGCCCUCGAGGCUGAGGAAGCUGAUCAAGCAGGUCGACGGCGAAGGGGUAACGUUCCUCAUGCACGCCAUAUCUGCCACCGCCGACCACACCGGCGCUCCAACAACAACAACGACGACGACAACAACAAGCGGUGGGGGACAACGGCAAUCGGCGGACGAAGAGGCUGGUGAAGGCGGAAGCGGCGAUGGUGAUGAUUACGACGAGGAGGAGGAGGACGAUGUCGCCGUGGCCGCCGCCGUGGCCGCCGCUGGGGAAGGGGCCCCGCGGAAUGAGUGGGUGUUGGACCCCGGCAUGGCGGUGCUGAAGUCGGCGUGGGCCCUGGUGAAGGAGGUGCGCGAGCAGCUCAAGGCGACGGACUCUUGGGGGAGAACGAUCUUCGGGCACGCCGUCCUCACGAGGCGCCCCAAGGUGUUCGACGCCGUAUUCUUCGCAGCGAGGGAGUACAUUCUCGACGACGAGAUCGCUGCCCUGAUGGGCAUCAACAAGGAAGACAAGUCGGACACGAUAAUGGAGACCGCGCUGCAGACAGUCCCCAGGGCCAUGGCUGCGAGGGUUGCCCGCAGAGACCAGGAGCUUAAGAGGGCGAUCACCCUUGAGGAGCGGGCUUCCACAAUCGAAUCCAAGAUUCAAAGCUUCAUUCCUGGCAAAUUGAUCGUGCGAUAG